UGCUUUUGGAAGGGGUUUGGGAGGCAGAGCAGGUCUCUGUGCACUGUGACAGGGAAAUAGAAUAAAUAUUAGAGUAGGAGUGUGCUCACCUAGGGUAAAUGCUGGAUCAGGGACUAGGAAAUGCUUGGAUUCUGACUCUGGAUGUAGGAUAACUCACUUUAUAGCUCGGGGCAAGUUACAUUAUCCCACACUGGGAAAGUUUCUCAUUAAAAUUAUAAUUUGUAUAGAUGAAUGUUGAAGAUGAGUGUUGAAGUUAUUCCUGAUGCAGUUACAUCCCCACAGAUCUAAGAGGAUCCAGGUUCCAUUGUGAGUUUGGCUUGUUUCUGUCAAAUUCCCCUGUAAAAUGCCAGCCCCACUGCUUGCCAGCCCAGCAGUGCCUUCCAGGGGCUGCUGUAGACUGGAGUAUUUAACUGGCUCCAGGGCUCCCAGGCAGUGUUUACAUUAUUGAUGGGCAUGGCUACAAGCAGGCUGCUUCCACGGGGCAGAGCCUCAACCCACCUGCUUGCUAUUAUCCGGUUGCUUGGAGAUCACAAACACGCUGUCCUGGAGAUGUGUGGCUGCAGAGCAAGUGUUCCCAGUACCAAGCAGUACUCGGUCAGUCAGCCAGCUCCUGCUUCCACCAAAAAAGGCCCCACAGCUGCUGCAGGCAUGCCCAAGGGAGUACCCAUAGCCAAGCAGCUGGCAUCAAUAAAAGCUCUAAGAAAAGGCUCAGACCUUGAAAAGGCUUUUGCUACAGCAGCUUUGGUGUAUAACAGCUAUGCUGACCCCGAGAGCAAGCUCAGCAAAGCUGAAACCAAGAGCUUACUGCAGUCCCAGUUUGGGCAUUUCAUACAGGGCCAAGAAAACAAACCGAAAUACCAGGAAAUAAUUUCUUCCUUGGAUGAGGAGUCAGAGAACAAAAUUAAUUUUGAAGAUUUCAUGAUCUUGUUAGUCAGUCUCACUCUAAUGUCUGACCUGCUGCAGGAGAUCAAGAAUGUGAAAACCACGAAAUGAUCUGUGAUUUUAAAGAAUAAAUGGCCUGGCACCAUAUAAGUGAGUGAGCUACACACAGAGGCCACUGUGUGCCUGGAUACCCUGUGCUGGUUGCUGGUAAAUGGAAUAAAGUUGUGUCCAAACCUGGCUGAACCUACUCCUCUCUU